UCUUGCUGCCCCAUUAGGCUCCUUUUCUUCUUCUCCCCUUCCCCCUCCUCCUUAGCAGCCUGUUCAAAUCCCCCAGACAGCUCCUGGGCACCGCUGGAGGGACCAGCCCAGGAGCAGGACAAUAAAAUCCCUGACACCACUAUUCGAGAGGCCGCGGGGGGAGAGGCCCCGCCAGCCGUGUGGGUAUAAAGCUGCCCCCUGCUCCGGGCACGGCACCGCAGCACAGUCCUCUGCUCCGCUCCUCCGCUGCGCUCCGAUGGAUAUCACCAUUCACAACCCCCUGAUCCGCAGACCUCUCUUAUCUUGGUUGGCACCGAGUCGUAUCUUUGACCAGAUUUUUGGAGAGCACCUGCAGGAGUCUGAGCUGCUCCCCGCUUCCCCCAGCCUCAGCCCCUUCCUGAUGAGAUCCCCCAUCUUUCGGAUGCCCAGCUGGCUGGAGACGGGACUCUCGGAGAUGCGACUGGAGAAGGACAAAUUUACUGUAAAUCUUGAUGUGAAGCAUUUCUCCCCGGAGGAGCUAAAAGUGAAGGUGCUCGGGGACAUGGUAGAAAUUCACGGGAAACACGAGGAGCGCCAGGAUGAACAUGGCUUUAUUGCCAGGGAGUUCAACAGGAAAUACAGGAUUCCAGCUGACGUGGAUCCCCUGACCAUAACCUCAUCUCUCUCUCUGGAUGGUGUCCUGACGGUGAGCGCACCGAGGAAGCAAAGCGACGUCCCCGAGCGCAGCAUUCCCAUCACCCGUGAAGAGAAACCUGCCAUUGCAGGAGCCCAGAGGAAGUAGGCUGCUAUCUAAAGUCACCCCAGGGCCAUUCAAGAGCACUUCUCAUCAGAUGCCAGCUGUACUGAAUGGCCACUCUUAUUUAUUUAUGCUGAGUAAGUUUACUAACAAAUAAAACAUGAAUAAGCAGUUCGUAGUUUUUGGUUUUGAGCACUCAGGACAAGGGAACUGUUGGCUCAAGAAGGCCACAUAAGAUUGGUGUGCAGGGAGACAUACCUGGCAUCACUCUUGCUUACAGCUUGAGUGGAAGGCGUGUCCAGGAGAGCUUGUCUUGGUGUUCAGAAACACUUUGCUAGCAUAACUUCAUUUUCUCUAAUGUUUUGCAAACAUCUAAUUGCAUGAGCCUUUUCCUUCAAUGUUUCCAGAGGAUUUCUGAGUGUUUCACAAGCAAUAGAAGAACUUCUCCAGUGGAGAUUAGGUUGUUAGGACAACUUCGUGACAAUCGAAACCCAUUCAAAGUGUAGGUAUUAGAUAACAACUGAACAGAGAACAGCUGUAUCUUAUAUCUCUCGAAUGACUCAUGUUAUGUGGAAGCAUCCAAGUGCUGCAAUCAGUUUAGGGCAGUUGCAGAUGACAACUGCAUAGCUGCAGUAAACACAGAUACACCCAGAGAGGAGAAAAUGCCCUGCUGUCAUGGCACAAAUCACAUCACCUUGAAACUAUGUUGUCAGUGCCCUUCAAACAAUAAAUAGCAUCUGAAGUCUA